UUAUUAACAAUCAUUAUGUGCAUGCUUAGUUUCUCUUAGAUUUUAUUCUUCUUCUUCUAUUGUUUUCUGGUUUCUAUUCUAUGUUCAAAAAAGACGUUUCUGGUAGUUUCAAUCACAGCCUUCCUAUUCUGGCUCGCUAAAGAUUAUCCACAAUGGCGACAACGAAGGAUGAACAAUGCAAUUCAAGACAGCAAUCAAGACACAAUUCCGAAUGAAUCUCAAUCUCAAUCAUCAAAAAAAACUCCACAAGAAAUUAAUCUAUCCUUGAUCCACUACAUCUUAGUCUCACCCUUUGCAGCGUUGUACAUCGUGGGCCGUGCACUGUUGGAUGUGCUACGACUGGGAGUAUAUUGGAUAUUGUGGUUGUGCGAACAGGCCGGACCACGUAUCGACAAUUGGCUAUUCGAGACCGUGACUGAGUCAAUUCCUUCAAGACUUGGCCAGCUUGAGCGGUGGUGGAAUGACCGUGGACUUGUUUGGUGCCGCGAGUGUAUAGACUACAUCAACAAAGCAGUUUUACCGGCAGUAGUGACAGGAGUUGAGCGAGGGUUUGGAUGGUUUUGUUCGAUAUGCGCAGCUAUUAAUGUAGGCUGGACGGCCGCUUGCCACACAUACACGGCUAUUGUGAACAUGCACGACUGGCAAGCUCUGUUUCUGAAGAUCUGGAGACCGCUGGAGUCGUUCUGUUAUCGAACACACAGGAUAUUGGUAUUGGUCUACAGAGUGUGUUAUUCUGGCGCCAUCUCACUUUGGGAAGACAUACGUUCGAUCUAUGGGGGGUUGUCUCUGGUGUUCGAUACCGUCCGUUCGAGCUGGCUGGCCGGCAAGAUUAUCGACGCAAUUCGAUCGGGUGUGGCGUGGUCUUCUGCAAACUUCCAGCCGGUGUUGGACAAAUUACACAAACAAGUAAUCUUACCCGUGCUGACCAUCAGUGGUGUACUGGCUGUCUAUACCGUAGAGCGGAUCGCGAGAGUAUUGGAGUCGGAUGGGUUCCGCACCAGGAUACUGCGUUUUCGACAGGCUCUGUUUUCCAAUCUCGUCUGGGCUGUACUUGAUCUUCUGGACAUGGUCAAGGACAUCAACAUCUGGGUCGGGUGCCUGAUAAAUACGGUGGUGGUUCCUACAGUCAUUCUAUUCGUGCAACACCUGCUGCCCCGUCUGUCAAAGGCACACCAGCGAUUGAGAUACGUGGCGAUUGGUGUGUUUGAGAAUCAGGUGUAUCCAGUGUGGGUCCGUAUUUAUCCACACACACGACCACUCCUGGAGCUGUGCCACAAGAUUUGUGCUCUUGCUGUUUCCCAGGACUGGAUAGUUGAACGACUUGGGUGGUUGAACAAGUGGGCGGUUAGUGGCUGUCGGAGGAUGAUUGAGAAUGUUGGGCCGGUGGUGUAUUCUGCGACUGAGAUACUUUCAAGGUGCUUCUGGAGUGUGUGUGAGUGGAUGGGAUCACAAGCUCCUUUGGUGGCCAAAGCAAUGGAGCAAAUGAGGCGAUUAGUCGAGGAAUUGGAUUGGGCUGGUUUACAAAGAGAUGGACUGGCUGUCUAUUGGGUGGUGUACGACGCGGUGUCUGUCCAGUCGGAUCUCCUUUUUGGCUCACUUGAGAGAGCGCUCACCACGUGUGAACUAGAGCAAUCGACUGCCAAGUCAAAGGGAUCGAAACAGCUGUAAAUGUAGCUAUUUUAAAAUGAACAAAUGAACAAAUCAAUGAAUCAAUGAAUCAAUGAAUAAAUCAAUAAAUCUCCUUUUUUGUGUACAUG